GAGAGACAGAGAGUUAAAAAAAAAUCCUUAACCGGAUUAUAAAGUAAGUGGUUACAAAAUAAGAGAAUUAUGAAAUAAUUUCUCAUCUUUUCUGGAGAUCAUCGCCGCAACACAAUGACUGGAGGUGCUUACGCGUAGAUGAUGGUAUUGAAGUAGCAGGGAGGAAAAAAAUAGAAAGUGCAAAUUAUAAUUUUUUUUCUUGCUAUUUUUCGCUCUUCACAGCUUUAUACUGUUGUGUGGGUACCGUUGGACAAAUGUAAUAUGGAUAUUAUUUUCAUCUUCUUUGGGCCUGGAGAGAGAUGAGGGAGAAAAGAAGCACGAAGGAGAAACUAAGUGCUGGGGAGCUCGAAGUACUUAUGUGGGGAUUUAUGAGAAACCCGUUUGUCUUUCACUCGUCAGCCGGCAGUUGGAGACUAUCUGUUUCCUCGACCACAACGAAUUUAUUGUAUCUUUCUGCAAGACGCUCUUUCAAGGAAAAAAAAACACUUGUGAACAAUUUUGUGGAUCUCUAAAAAAGUUCUUUUUUUUUAUAAAUAAUUUCUAGUGAGAUUUGCAUCGUAGAAAAGGAGCAAAUACCAAGAAAACUAGUGCAAAUACGAGUGCAAAAAAUGUGCAUAACGAUGAAGAGAAUUUUUGCUGUACUUUUUUUAGUCAGUGGUUGCAGUGCACAAAAUCAGCGAUCAGCCCAAGAAGAUCCCUGUAAAUUGAAAUCCAAAGUUGUGGGAGAUGUUCGUUACUGCGAUAGAUAUUGGGAGUGCGUAAAUGAUCAGCCUGAGCUCUACGACUGCCCGAAUGGGCUCGUUUUUGCAGGAAAGCAUCGCGGUGUGACUGAAGGUUGUGACUACCCAUGGCGAUCAAAUUAUUGCGAAGGAAAAGAAUUAGCCAAUGGACCAAUUUCCACCGAAAAUUGUGAUUGGCUUUACGGAAUCUUUGGGCACGAGACAAGUUGCACUCGCUACUGGACAUGCUGGAAUGGUACUGCCACGGAGCAACUCUGCAUCGGAGGUCUACUUUACAAUGAAAAUGCACACAGUUGCGAUUGGCCAGAGAAUGUAGAUGGAUGCCAGAAACAUCCUCUCUGUAAUGAUGAUCCAAAUGGAAAUGUACCCCUGGGAAAAUCUUGCAAUCGUUAUUGGCAAUGCCAGGGUGGCUAUCCACGACUUCAACGGUGUCCAGCAAUGCUGGUGUUCGAUAGGAAUUCCCUAAGAUGCGUUGUACCACCCACGGAGGAUUGUGAUAUUCCCACGACGCCUCCACCACAAGAGGGAAGUUUUCAGGGUGACAAUGAAGAGCACCAAGAAAAGCACAACCCACCAGGACGAAGGAACUAAUUCCGUGAAAAAUAAACAACUCCUGUGAGGAGAGUUUGUUAAAUUAUACAUCUUACAUUUUUUUUUUACUUCUUUGAUCUGUAAACAAAGUGAGUUCAAAUGUAAAUGAAAUUCCAUUGCUAAUAUAAGGCAAAUUUGUAAAAUA